AUGAGUUCAGCUCCACGGACGGCUCGCACAGCCUCGAGGAUAGCACGCUUCUCCUCGUCAGCCUCGAGCUCUCGAGAUGCACACCCAUGGAUCAGCGGCCGCUUCGAUCAAGAGGCUUCGAUAUCUUACGCAGCAAAGCUCGCCAUCACUGAUCCCGCUAGAGCAAGCCAGAUCGGCUCAAUAGCCAUUCCAACGAGCAGCCAAGUCCAAAAGGCACUCGAUCACGCCAACUCGGUCUUUGCGUCAGGUCACGGCGAAUGGUCCUCUCCCGACUCGGUCCACUUUCGAUCCGAGUGUCUUUAUCGUCUGGCACAGAUCUUACGGCAGCGGGCUCCAGAGCUUGCCAUGCUCGAAAGCCAGCAGACGGGUCGCUGCAUCCGAGAGUUCCGUGCGCAGCUCGCAAGGCUCUACGAAUGGUUCGAAUACUACUCGGCCCUUAUCCGUGUUGGAGAGGGGAGCACGCUGCCAUUACGCGGUCAGCUGCUGGGAUACAAAGCACGACGUCCGCUUGGUGUCGUACUGCAGAUCACGCCCUUCAACCAUCCACUGCUGAUUGCGGUCAAGAAGCUUGCCGCAGCGCUAGCGGCGGGCAACAGCGUCAUUGUCAAGCCCAGUGAAGUGGCUCCUCUCACCGUGCUCGAGCUCGGUCCCAUGACACAAGAGGCAGGCAUCCCAGACGGCGUGGUUCAGAUCCUACCCGGUGCGGCUGAGACAGCAAAGCAGCUGGUCGAGUCGCCAUACAUUCGCAAGAUCGAUUUCACGGGCGGAACAAGAGUCGGCACGCUUUUGUCAGAGCAGGCCGGCAAGCGGCUGAUCCCCAUCACCACCGAGCUUGGGGGCAAAGCGCCACUGAUCGUAAUGGAAGACUGUCCGGUCGAUCUGGCGGUCAACGGUGCGUCCUUCGCUGCAUUCGUGGCAAGUGGGCAGACAUGCGUCUCAGCGACCAGGAUAUCGGUUCACGAGAAGAUCUUUACGGCAUUCCUGGAUCGCUUUGCUGAGAGAGCCAACAACAUCUCCAGCCGUAUGGGCAAUCCUCAGAAUGCGGACGCGCUGCUCGGCUCGCUAAUUAGCGCUGCGCAUGCAGACAAGGUCGAUGCGAUAGUUCAGGGCGUCACGACUCCAAGGAGGAGCUCCGCAUCUGUGUGGGAAUGCGUUGCUGGCGGGCGGAAGCCGAACGGCGCUUCUUUCGACGGUCACGAUCUGGCAGCAUCUGGCGCCUUCUACCCGCCCACCAUACUGAUUCCUGCUGGCACGUCUUCCGACCCUAGCUCUCUAUCAUCGCCAGCAGAGCAAGCCGUCCGCAGCAGCACCCUCUGGCAGGAAGAAGUCUUCGGACCCGUCGUCUGCGUCGUGCCCUUCCGCGACGAUGCACACGCCAUUGAGCUGGCCAACGACAGCCGCUUUGGUCUCGGUGCCAGCGUCUGGACGGCCGACCACGCGCGCUUCCAUCGGAUGGUGCCUCGUAUCAAGGCAGGCAUCGUCUGGCUCAACACGCAUCAUCGCAAUGACCCUUCGAGCCCGUGGGGCGCCAUCGCUCCCACUGGCAACUUUUCAGGAAGUGGCACGGCGAGCCUUGGUGCCAACCCGUCAGGUAUUGGCAGAGAGAACGGACUCGAAGCGCUGAAUGCAUACAGCACAGUGCAGAGCAUCACGAUCAACUACGCAGACCACGAGACGAUGCGCUCUUCAGAGGAUUGGUUCGGUCCUGCCGACAAAGGCGCCGCUUCGUCACAGCCACCGGUACGAUACGGAUGA